GUGCGCUUUUAUAGCGUAGCGAAGAGCAGCGCAUGCAGUCACGCAGGCACAUCAUACGCGUGACAUCAAUAUAACAAGUCUCCGACGUCUCCAUCUCAUUGUCUCGCCUUGAUCAGUCAGUGUCAGCGAGCUACACAGCUCGUGUAGUAAGCAGAGCCAGCCUCACUAUUUUGCAGACGCCAAUUAGUGCAACAAAGAGCACAAACAUUCCCAAUUACACAAUCGCGCCAAAGGCCGCACAGCUGGUCGUCAUUGUACUCUCGGUCUCAAGAGCUCAAAGUAGCAUGCAGGUGCGUCGAAUGAGAUGCCUGCCAUGUCAAUGGUGUCACGCCAAGCUUCUGAGUCGGCCGGUCCUUCAAAGCCCAGAAGUCAGGUCAUCGAGUCCCUUUACACUGCUGGCACGUCGCUCGGCUUUGCCUUAUAUGAGGAAUAGAGAUUGCACUCCUGCCGCUGUUUGGCGAUUAUUCAUCUCCGCUUGUCCUGAACCAGCCAGCGUCUACGUUCGAUGUUUGCUGUCUACGACGCAAAUCAAGUUAAUAAAGGCUGCAAAGCUAGCUUUGAAAGUGGCAAAGUUAGCUCGCCUCUCAUCAGAUCGGAAGGCAGCCAACGUUGGCAUCCCAGCCCUGCGCAAAGUCAACAUGAAUUUCGCAUUGCAAUCGCUCAGCUUACACAGUUCUUAUCGGCGAUGCAUUGGGCGUGCGUCUGGUGCCAGCAAUAGAGAUUGUUUCGAUACGCCUAGCCAAUAUGACGAACGCAAAGAGAACCACGACAAGACUAGCAAAGAGGAGCGAUGCAGUCAUCCUGGCACAUGAGACGUGUGACACCAUGGCAUCAAGUCUCCGUCUGCUCCUGCCGCAUGCAGCGGUAUACCCAUGGCUUGAUAUGAUCGUCUCGUCCAGCAUCAGCGAUGGCUAUGCGCCGAGUUGGUCUGGGCUGCUCUGCUUGGGCUCAGUCGCUAUAGCCGGGACGGACAUCGUGUUUGUUGGUCGAUCAGGUACACCGUUGCCGCUGCAGUGAUUACGGAUCUCGUUCUGAUUGUGUGCCCGCCCUUGUGGCAUCG